GCCCCUUGAUCUCGAAGAGAAAUAAAAGAUGGCAGUAAGUUUUAUAUUAUGGAGAUCUCGUGGCUGUUGUGAAUGUGUAAAUUGUUCGAUUAGUUAUUUAAUUACUUCCAAAAUUUAAGAAAAACUAUUUUAAGAUUUGUCGUACAAAAUACAGUUUAUUGAUAAUGCAAACAUCUAAUGAAACUGAAGAGACAGAAACAUUUGAUGAAAUACAAAGUUAUCAUCAUGAUCAGAUCACUGAUGAAAAUAAAAAAUGCAAUAAAGAAGAUCCAUUUGUCCAGCACUUUGAGAACCUCAUUACUGAAGCUGACAUCAAUGACAUAAACAGUGGAAAGCACUCUACCCAGGAACAAAAAUGGGAGAAUUUUGGUGUUUUGCAGUUGAAAACCAGGAACAAAGAAAUUAAGAAAAAAUGCAUAUCAAAUAAAUGUGAUUCUACCAAUAGUAGCAAAUUUUAUAUUAAAGAAAGUAUUUUCAAAAAUCUGGAAAAUAUUCUACAACAAAAUACAGAGAGUAAUAAUAAAGAAAUCACACUUACUUCAUUUCAGAUGGAGCUUUUGUCUAUAGUAACUGGUUACCAUGACUUUCUUUAUACUGAAAGAACUUUCCAGAAUGCGAGAGACAUAUAUUUGGUUUAUACAGUGCAUGUACUCAAUCAUAUUUUUAAAGCGCACACUAAAGUUACACACCACAAUAGUAAACUGUUGAAGCAUGAUUCUGUUGUCUCAGAAUAUCGAGAUCAGGGCCUAACUCGACCACGAGUACUUAUUCUUCUACCCUUCAAGGAUUCAGCAUUAAAAGUAGUAAAAGCUAUGAUGGAGUUAAUUGUAUCUGAUAAUAAAGAGAAUGUGAUGAAUAAGAAAAGGUUUCUAGAAGAAUUUACCUCACCAAAACAAGAUCCUUCCAAAAAAUUGAAACGACCUGAAGAUUAUGAAUGCAUUUUUGAAGGAAAUACAGACGAUGCUUUUCGUGUUGGUAUUCAAGUGAUGCGUAAAGGUUUAAAGCUCUAUGCAGACUUUUAUUCUGCAGACAUCAUUUUGGCAUCCCCACUGGGACUUCGAACCAUCAUAGGAGCAGCAGGUGAAAAAGAUCGUAACUAUGACUUUUUAUCUUCAAUAGAAGUUCUCAUUGUGGACCAAGCAGAUGUCCUUCUGAUGCAGAAUUGGGAUCAUGUUCUUCAUCUUAUGCAACAUUUACAUCUUCAACCAAAGGAACCACAUGGGGUUGAUUUUUCUCGGGUAUACAUGUGGGCCCUAAAUGGUUGGGCAAAAUACUACCGACAGACUGUGGUGUUCAGCUCUAUUAAUGUGCCUCCUAUCAUGUCACUGUUUAGUAAGUACUGCCAGAACUAUGCUGGGAGUGUGAUGUUGAAGAACCCUGUACUUCAUGGAUCUAUUAAUCAAGUUGUGGUCCAGCUUCCUCAGGUUUUUCACAGGUUUGAUACAAAAAGCUUUAAAACGGCAGCAGAUGACAGGUUUCAGUUUUUCAUCUCCAAAGUGUUACCUGAUUACAAGGAUUCUGUUAUGUCACAUACUCUUAUCUUCAUUCCCAGUUAUUUCGACUUUGUGCGGCUUCGAAACUAUUUUAAGAGAGAAGAUUUAAACUUUGUGCAGCUGUGUGAAUACACCUCUGAUGCCAAGGUUGCAAGGGCACGGAACAUGUUUUACCAUGGCUGGCGACAUUUCUUAUUGUGCACUGAACGUUUUCACUUCUACAGACGUUAUCGUAUCAAGCACAUAGUCUUUUAUGGCUUACCUCAAUAUUCCCAUUUUUACAGUGAGCUAUGUAACUUUAUGCACCCUAACUUGCAGCAAAAAAGAAAGGAUGUUGCACAUUUAAAUGUCACUUGCAUGGUACUUUAUUGCCGUUAUGAUGCUCAGGAGCUUGCUGCUGUUGUUGGCACUGAAAAGACAAGGCACAUGAUAAACUCUGACAGAAAAGUCCAUAUGUUUGUUAGUGGAGAAGCAUAACAAAUAUGAAUAUAGAUUAUGACACUGACAGACUGCCUCAACUGAAACAGCCACCUUGUGUUAGUGUCAUUAUUUUCCAUUUAUUUUCUGUAUCUUAAUAUUGAAUAACAAUAAAUACUAAAUCAUUCUCUUCA